CAAGAGGAAGAGAACCUUUUUACUCAGACCACAGUGAUCCUCUGACUUUAGAAAUAUCUGUAUUACCUCAAACACAUCUGACCGUGCAGUCUGGAUGGACAGAGGUCUUCCCCACUGAAACAGUGACUCUGAGGUGUGUAAUUCAGGGCAGCUCUACAGAGUGGAUGUAUAAAUGGUACAGAUAUGGACGGGAGCUUCCUGUAGACAAGACUGACUCCAGCAGUGUAAAUGGAGACACAUACACAAUCCUCUCUGCUGAUCAGUCACAUGCUGGACUGUACACCUGCAGAGGAGAACUUACAAGGACAGCAUCUGUACACUCUCUGAUUGGCAGCUCUGCUAAUUUGAGUGUUCGAGCUCUCCCACAAGCUCAGCUGACCGUGCAGUCUGGAUGGACAGACGUCUUCCCCACUGAAACAGUGACUCUGAGGUGUGUAAUUCAGGGCAGAUCUACAGAGUGGAAAUAUAAAUGGUACAGAGAUGGACGGGAGCUUCCUGUAGACAAAGCUGACUACAGCAGUGUAAAUGGAGACACAUACACAAUACUCUCUGCUGAUCAGUCACAUGCUGGACUGUACACCUGCAGAGGAGAACUUACAAGGAGAGCAUCUGUACACUCUCUGAUUGGCAGCUCUGCUAAUUUGAGUGUUCAAGCUCUCCCACAAGCUCAGCUGACCGUGCAGUCUGGAUGGACAGAGUUCUACAGAGUGGAAGUAUAA